ACGUAAAUAGAUGAGUUUCAGGGGUCUUAUAGGUAAUUUUCCUCAGUUAAAGAACAUGGUUCCGAACGAAACGGCGCGCAAAAUCUUAUGCUGAGGAAGACAGAGAGAGAAUCCUGCGUGGCUAAAUCUUCUCUCUCAAAAAAAAGGCCACUCUCCUUUCCGCUUCCUCCUUAAAAAAAGCCUUCGAGCUUCCUCGUUGCCAAGUCGGGGAUUCUUGUUUGCCUGAACCACUCCUUUUUCUCUCCGUAUAUAUAUAUAUAUAUAUGUCCAUUCAUGGAUUUCUCUCUCUAAAACCAAGCUAAAAAUUCCUGCCUUUGAGAGCUUGUAUCUUGUUGAUUUAGAGCUGCUCAUUUCUUUGUUUCUUCCCUUUCUUAGAAUUAAAAGAUAAAAACCAAUCUCCUCGGUUUUGCUUCUCUAAAUUCUUGCUUUUUUCACCUUGAAAGUUUGGCAUUUCUUUGCUUCUUGGGUUCAUUAAUGCAGAUUCUUGAUGUUACUUGAUGCCCAUUCUGCAUCUCUGUUAAUCUUAUCACCUCAUCAUUGCUUCAAAGAGCAACCCAGAAAGUAGAGACCAUUAACGAAAAGAAAAUAUAAAGACAGAACCUCUUUCUCUCUACGAGUUCCUUUUUUUUUUUGUGAUUUGUUGAAGGCUUGUAGAGAUCAAAAUGUUUGACCGGUUUACAAGGUCCAAGUUCUAUACAAAAUGCAAGACAUCUGUAAAGAUAACAAAGACACGCCUUGAGGCAUUAAAGAAGAAGAAGAACAGUGUUAUAAAGUACUUAAAGAAUGAUAUGGCUGAUCUCAUUAGAACUGAUCAUGCUUACAAAGCUUUUUGCAGGGCAGAAGGGCUUCUGGCUGAGCAGAACAUGAUAAUCUAUUACAAUUUCAUUGAGCAGCUCUGUGAUUGCAUCUCGAGCAAUCUUUCCCUUAUGAACAAACAGAAGUAUGCUUUGCUAUUCAACAUGCUUUUGACUACCUAUUUUUUAUUGUUUAUCAAUUCUUUCUUUUCUUGCAUAAUCUCUCUCAUAUUCUAUAUCACAUGCAGCCACUUAAUUAGAGAGAACUUAUAUUACUAA